UACAUGCCCUGAAUAUCAACUUAAGCCCCGCACAGUGUUGGCAGACUCCCCCAAACACUAUGAAUCAGUGACACACCAUUGCGGUAAAGGAAAACCUCGAGUGAUCGCUAAUGAGACGAAUCAGGGAGGCCCAAGCAUUAGCGCGGGCCACGAGGGAGCAACGCGACAGGGAGGGACACACUUUAUUACGUCAGUCAGCGUGUUGCCAAGGCCGGGUCUGACUUGAAGUGGAUGGGACUGGCUCGGCGGUAGAGAGGCCAUCGGCAAGACACUAUCACCUUUCCUGUAUCACCGCUCCCUGGCCCGUAAUCUUUAGCCUGUAUAUUCGUGGCUCAGUUCGGGCUUAUUGUAUAGUUUUUCUUGUCGAGUACUCGUAUGUGUUAUGUCAUUGUGUAAAGACUGUUAGGUCAAGGCGUGGUUUGGCAUACAUUAGGUUGUGUCUGUGUGCGUGGACUUGGUUAAAAUGUCGAAAGUUUAUAGGACAGGUGUGUGUGUGUGUGUGUGUGUGUGAGCGGGCUGGCAGGUGUGGCGAGCGAGCGAGCGGGUGAGCGAGUAGAGUGAAGAGAGAACCAACCUCCUUCACAUGUGCACGCUCAGUAACGUACACGACUGGAUGGUGUACAUACACGCACACACGGAGCUCCCGCGCGCACACAAGGCCGCUCGUUGCAUGGAAUCAGACAGCCACGGUUAUUGUGUUGCGUUACGGCGGUGAUGUUGGAUGUGUUGCUGGCGCGGUGUGUUGCGGCGCCAGGGACACGUGGAUUUGCCGUGAAGGAACCUCGAAAAAAGAAGCAAGGAGGUGAGGAACUGCUUGGCCGGGACGCGGAAAAAAGUUUUAUCACACGUAGUUCACCAUGACGAGAGGCGUGGAGGCGUGGAGAAGUGUGUCAAAGCAAGGCCAAGCAAGGCGCGUGCAAAGGGAAUGGGGACUGCCUGAGCUGCAACCACUACUUCCACUACCACUAUUACCACAACUUCUGCGCCUACCACUAUCACCAAUAUCUCGCUACCAGUUGAUUCCUUUCGUUUAGUAGUUCCGGUUCGGGUCAGUUCAUGCCUCCCACACUACUACGAAGGCCCAAUAUUGAUCAGUUGAAUAAUAAAUUGAAAUCGACGGUGGGAAUUUUCAGAGCCGUGGCCUGAUUCUCGUGGCAUGAGUCGUCAUUAUUUCCUUGAACCGUAUCACCAAGGGCGGGUGUUGUGCAAGAAAUGGAGGAGCAGGAGGAGGAGGACCGAGUGGCCGCCUGAGGGUGUCUUGUGAUCUCAAUUAAUUAAACGUCUCGCGUAAUGAGGACGCUCGCAUUGUCAUUGUAUGCAUUCAGAUCAGAGUUAAAAACGCAUCGGUUCGUGCAGAGCUGUGUUCUAUGUGGUUUAUGAGGAGUGUGUGCGUGUUCUCGUCACGCUGUCUAGGAUGUUGUCUUUUCCUUGUUUAUCUACUGCGGAUGACAGUAUGGUUUCUUACACCUUGCUAUGUUGUCUUAUACCUUAAUUCCUUGCCUUACUACACUCACGUCAAACCCUUCCCUGUUUCCUUAUUCAGCUAUCUACAUCGUGCGACUUAUGCUAUCUUAUCCCAAAGAAAUUAUAUACACCUUCCUCGUCUUAUUCAACACUCUUUAAACUCCUUCACUCUUCCUUUUAACUAUCUUCUUUCUACCAUCUUACACCACAAAGAAAGUAAUAUACCUUCCUUGUAUACUACCCUUGCAUCUCAACUUUUCCCUCCUUCCUUGUUUCCCUAAUCAACUAAUUAUACACUAUCUAUACCUCUCGUCUUAUUCUACACUUAUAUCUCUCAACCGUGGGUGUGAUAGGCUGUACCAGAGAAAGGAAUAUUCCUCGCCUAAUACCACACUUGCAUCGCUAAACCCUGAGCGCGAUAUACCAAAGAAAGCAAUUAAUAUUCCUCCUGCCCUUGCUUCCUACACUCGCAUCAAAACCGUGGGUGUAGUGGGUGUUGUAGUAUUCCCCUCACGAGACAGCCCCGUGCACCUGUUGAGGCUCUUGUGCGUAAUGCUUUUAGUGUGCACCGCAAGGCCUUAUCUAGUCUGCUGAAUAAGGCGUUUAACCCGACAGGCAUUUCUGCGUCUUCAAUGAAUGCUCGCGUGUUCCAAGGCUACUGAACAUUAAGUGAAAGCCAUGAAGUGAGCUCGGGAGUUUUCCUUGUCUGUUCCUCCUCCUCCUCUUGCUCCUGUUCCUCCUGCUCUCGACAUAGUUACGCCACGCGCCCCGCAGAGGUGGAGGUGCGAGUGCGAGCAGUGAAUGGUGGUGCGGUGAGGCCUGGCUGUAGCUAUUUCGUCAUAACUGGCACACGGGAGAUCUCGAAGAACAGUAUUUUCUCCUCCCUUCCCUCCUUCAGCCUUCUCCUCCUUUCCCUGUCUUCCGUCUCUCUCUUGGGGGCUCCUCGUGCGUGGACUGAUGCAUAUGGAUGUGGCGGACGUGGCUGUGAGGUGCUAAGAGGUUUGUGGUAUUGUGAACACGGGAUUUUUGUGUUACCUGAUAAUUAAAGGUUUGCUCUGCGUCAGGGGGAGGUUUGGCAACACCGGCAAAGUUACCAUGGCAACAAUGCACUGAGUUGCCAUCACGCUGUCUUGCUAGAGGAAACCAUGAUGCAUUUUUCGACCCUAUCUUAACGUUUUUAGUGUACGCGGGUAAUUUUGAACCCGUGUGGAAAAUGUACAGGAGGAGAAGAAAGGGUCAGAAGAAGUCAGUAAGGGUGUGGGAUAGCGUAAAAAAGGCGUAGAGGGGGAGAGCGCAAAAUCACCAUGGCAACUAUACCGAGUUGCCAUCACAUCGAAUUACCAGAGGAAGCUUUGAUGCUCUUUUCAACCUUAUGGAGACUGUUUAAUCUACGCUAUUUACUUAGAACCCUUCUGGAAAAUGUACAGGAGGAGGGGAAAGCGUCAGGGAGAGUCAGUGAGGGCGUGGGGCGGCGUAAAAAAGGCGUAGAGGGAGGGAGAGGAGGCAGGGGAAGGGGGGAAGGGGCGCCUUAGCAGGUCGACAGCCAGCUUGGGAGUUUUCCAGCCAAACAGCUGAUCAAGAAAACAACCAAACAAUAACAAGUAUCCGCCCAGCCCAGGGGAGGAGGCUGAUCCCAGGGGCCACACGGGAGCGCUGUGCAGGUACUGGCGGGGAUGGCGGGGAAGGUGAGUCCGGGGGCGCCUGGGAACCGGCCUAUGGCACCCACUCGCUAUGUCCUCCUGUAAUGCUUUGUGGUGGUGCUCGCUCCCUCCACGCCCUGGCCUGCCCGAGUGGAGCCUGUGCAGGUUGAUAGACUGGCCUGCACAUCGUAUAAAUCCCUAUGGAGUGUAGGGCGUAGAGGGAGUUCUGAGGUGUGUGUGCGGAAGGUGUCUUAUAAGCAUCUACCUGGCCAUUUUCUUUUUUAUUUUUUAUUUUUUUUAUCGUUCGAGUUGGCAGCGAGAUUGGGAAGGCGAGGUGCGGGUGCGGGCUGUCCUGUUACCUGUGGGUGUGUACGUGUGCGUGUGCGUGUGUGUGUUCGUGGCUGCCCAGGUGCAUGUGGAGAAUCUGGAUCAAUAUGAGUAUCUAGAGGGACGCCUUGUAACAGUGUUUGGGACUCUUGAUAUUCAGCGCGAGUCUGCAUACGUGACGGCCAGAAUUAUCCGAGACUCUGAACAUCUUAGUGUGGACCAACAUAACUCUGCUAUGGCAAGCCUCAAAAAGUUGCUGGUGAAGUAGCGUGUGUCAAGAGCUGGUGGGUUCAUUAUGGGUGGUCAUUAGUAAGCGUGUAGGAUACCAGCACAUAGGGGGUAAGUGGCCGACGCUUCGUUUCCCAUGCUCAGGCAAACACAUGGUAGGUGGGUGAAUACUGCGUGUUGCUGUAUCGUCCAGUUUGUCAUGACUGCCAGACGUGCAUCAGGCCUUAGGGAUUUAGUUGCACCUUGUAAGCAUCACAUGUCAGGAGUUGAGAUUCCACCCCAUCGCUUGUACACGUCCCAGUCUUCUCUUGUGUUUGAGCCACUGUCAGCGUGCAUAGAUGAGACAAGACAGUAUAGCCACUUGAUAGAGCAUUGCGACCAGCUAGAACACUGCAGAGUCUUGCACUACAUCGACCUUAUGCCAACCUUGCAGCAUUAUGAGCGACACUAACAGAACUGAGGCCUCUGGCAAUGCCCCUGUUUGUGUGCAUGAUGAUGCCUCAGUGUCACCACAGGAAGGGUCCUUGGAAGCUUCACAAGGCAGCCAAGGAGAGGUGACACAGAGCCCCGAGGCAGAAAAAGGUUCCCUGGAAGUCACAGUACCUGAGCAUGCAGGAAGUGAUGUGCAUGACAAUGGCCAAUCCGUGGAUAAAGGUGACAGUGGCCUCGAAAAAGCUGCUAGUGACUGUGAGGAAAGUAAGUCCAAUAAAACGGAAAACCCGGAAGGCUGUGUACAGUUUGAUAUUUCUUGUGAAUUAGGUGGUGUUAGCACUGAUAUAAAGACUGCAUUUAAAGAUGUACAAAGUGAAAUAUUCUCAGCUGUUUCUGAGGUUAAAAGUGAACUGAGUCAUGUACUUCAGAGUUCCACUCAGUUUUGUUUAGGUGCCACAGAUCAGGAUGGUACUAGUGGUGGUGAUAGUAGGGAUCCCGACGACAAUGUAUUGCUGAUAAAAGAUGAGUCUGAGGUUUCAGAACAUCCUUUUAGUGUUCGGGAUAUAGUUAUUCAUAAGUGUUCAACUACUGAAGGUCACCUUGAAAAGGUUGACUUACCUGUUUUUAAUUUUAAGGAAACUGAUGGUAAAGUAGUCACAGACCCUGUUAGAGAUGAGCCUAAUAGAGCAGAUUGUAGUAGUUGGGGUGAGGGAGAGUCUUCAGAGCUUGGCGAGGGAGUGUCCCCAUACGUAGCCAUGGCUUUGAAGACUGACAGUAGUGUAGACAAGGAUGAAGUAUUUACUACCUUUGGUUUGCAUGAUGAACUUAGUAAGAAUAUAGCCAUAGAAGUUACGGAAGACUUCCUGAAAGAGAAAGUGGACUCUCUAAGCACAGAAAGAAUAAGAAAAGAAAAGAGAUUUGAUGUGAAAAAGGUCUUUGCAGGCCAAGCAAGACUGAGUGAGGAGUGUGAGUCUGAGAAAGAGGAAAGUAGCAGCCAUUUGGUCUGUCACUCCAGCGAUGAACAUGCCCUGAAGGCUCAGCCACUCUCUGCGCCCUCCACUCCUGUUCCCUCCACCUCCGGCACCGGCAGGAAAGCUCUCAGGUCUGUGUGCAGGGGCCGGAGGGUCUCAUUCCCUGAAGACGAGACCCACCUCAUAUCCAGCUACUUGGAGCCCGUCAACCCGUGGCAGCAAAUGGGGGGGACAACCGUGGAGGAGAUAGCAACAGCGUACCGAAUGUCGUGUGAGCGUCACCGCACGCAGCCCCUGCCGGGGGUGCUGCAGCAGAUCAAGGCUCUGCCCCUGGUGCUGGGGGGCCGCGUGGAGUGCCUCAGCCUGCGUUCUCAGAGACUGGACAGCAGUCAGUGUGAGUGCUUGGAGGAAAUCUUCCGAAGAGUUCAGUUCAAAAUAUUAGACUUGGAAGGAUGUUGCUUAGAUGAUGACACUGCAAUCCCUCUCUUUGACAUGAUUGAGUUCUAUGAUUCAGUCACGCAGCUAAACAUUUCAUGCAAUGAUAAAAUUGGAUUCAGAGGAUGGCAGGCUUGCUCCAAAAUGUUGAAAAGAACUCCCUCUGUUGAGUAUUUGGAUGCCCGCAACACUAACCUCAAUGAAACCAACAUGCCAAUACUGAGCAGGGCGUUGAGGCUUGGAUCUCGUCUCCACACUCUGCACCUAGAGAGCUGCAACUUGACGGGUCGCCCACUCAUCAUACUGACAGCAGCGCUGAGGCAGAAUGAGACUCUGACCGAGCUCUACUUGGCAGAUAACAGGCUUGGGGUCAAUGACUGCAUACAAUUGAGCAACUUGGUAAGAGCUAACAGCACACUGCAUAUACUAGAUUUGCGCAACAAUAAUGUGCAGGAUGCCGGGUGCAACCAUGUGUGUGAGGGCAUCACAGAACAACAGAAGCACCAACAGCAGCAGCAAGGGGAAGAAGGUGGGGACAAGUCACGCUGUCGAGGUUUGAGGUCCCUGGUGUUGUGGAACAACCACCUCACCCCACAGUCUGCCCCCCACCUGGCCAACAUGUUAGCCAUCACCAGAGCCCUGGAGACCCUCAACCUUGGACGCAACAACCUGACGAGUGAGGGAGUCUUGCGCCUCAAGGAGUCAUUGCUAAGAAACCGCGCUCUGCUUCGUCUUGGCCUGCAGGCGGCAAGAAUAGCAGACGAGGGUGCUGUGGCCCUGGCAGAAUACACUGCUGACAACAGAGUGAUCCAGCACGUUGACCUGCGAGACAAUCCCAUCCACGUGGCCGGCCUCCUUGCCCUGGCCCAUUCCCUUCGCCUCAACUCAACUGUCAUCCAGAUGGACAUAGACUCUGACUGCAGGAGCGAGCCAUCGGCAGAGCUGGCGGAGCAGCACGCCUCCCUCCAGAAAGAGAUAAAGGAAAUUUGUCAACGCAAUUUAACCCAGAGUCACCUGAAAGCAGUGAGUCAGCCAAAGACAGAGACUCCAGAAGAUAUUAAUUCCAAGCCUGCCAAGAAGGAGGACAUGCAUGGAGGAGUUAUCAGGAAAAUUUCCCUCACUUGUGAGACAACUGUAGCAGCCUCCCAAGAGUUCAGCAGCUCAGAGGUGGUCACUCGCGAGGAAGAAAAACAGAAGUACAUAAGUCCGGCCCCAAGUCCUAUCCCAAGCCCCUGCCCCAGCCCCUGCCCCAGCCCUUCUCCCAGUCCAGUUCCAAGUCCACUGAGAAACAAUCGCUUCAAAGUUUUCAAAGUGGCAGAAUCUUCCAAAAGUUCUCCUAAUUUAAUUGCAAAUAUCAGCCAACCUACCAUGGGAUGUAAUGUAGUCCAUGUUUCCCAAUCAGGCAGAAGCUUGUCUGCAGGAGAUCUCACCCAGGCUCCCAAACAGAGUGGCACACGUCCCAACAGGUUUGGCAGAGGCGGACGGUUCACGGUAACACGCGUGACAGAGCCAUGCAGUCUGCCCUCCACCCAGGAAGCUGCAAGCUUCACAUUGUCUUCAAGCUACACAAACACAAACUCAGGCUCUGGAAGCCCUAAAAUUGUGAUAUCCUCUCCUGUUAGAGUGGAAAGAGGAUUUAGUGUUGAAACAACAACCAGAGAAACAACUGAAAAGCCUGGUGAUAAACAAAAUAAAUGUGAUCCCAUUGGUAUUGUAGAUUUUAAGACAGUGAAGGUUCCAGAGGAUGCACUACAGUCUGGCCAAGACAGACAUCAGUUUAACUGUAAUGCUACAGAAGGUGCCAACCUUAAAAAAUGUUCAUCAGAAAGCCCUAGGCAGGAGCUGUCAUCCCAGAAAUCUUUAGCAGUGUUCAAGAACAACGCUGAGGGUCAGAAGAGUGAGAAAGACUGUGAUUCCCCCAACCUGAGUGAGUUGACUGACAGCGGAUUCCUCGACGAAGGAAGCUGCGGCAGAAGCAGCGGCAGCGUGUCGCCGUCACCCAGCACCGGCAGCCAUCACCCUAUGCCUGAAGGGGAUAGAGACUCCCUGCUGAGCUCCUCAAUGGACAGCACCAGCCAGGAGGACACAGGCCUAGGUCUUCCCAUGCAGGGGUCAGAGCCAGCCAGUCCAGUUGCACCAUGCAGUAUGCAGCAGUUUGAUAUCCACUCGGUGCAUGACCCGCCUAAAAGAGCACCGCUGGCUGCCAUGGAGAAUGGAAGUUUUGACUCAGACAGUGAGGACAGUGAACUCAUGACUCAGUCGUCUGACUCAACCCACAGCGAUGAAGUGCGCAUCACCACAGAACAGUUUGAGCCCAGAGCGGCGUGGGGAUCCAAACCGGAGCAGCAACAGGUCUGUGUGGCCUCUGAGGUGACGGCCCCCACUGAGUCUGGCUGAACACCUCCCCCACCUGACAGUGCAGAUCUCUCAGAGGGUGUAUGGGUGCACUAAGCACCGAGACGUGGCGACACACCACCCGCAAGCAGCCGAUAUUUAAAUAUUGUGAUAGUAAAUAUAAAUGCUUGGUAACAUUUAUGUUUAUUUGGUCACGGUUCUUUACCUCAAUCAAUCUCAGUUGUAAAGAUCAAAACUAAGGGUUUAUCGUAAAGAUGCAAUUAUGCACUCGUGAUAUUAUUUAUUUGUGAUUCAUUCACAUUUAAUGGACUUGUGUAAUGUUAAACUGAACUUGAUUUGUGUUGUGUUGUAGUAUGGAUGUCAGGAUUUCAAUUUUCAUUAGAAUGGCGGAUGAUCACAGUAGAAAGCCACAAUUUUACAUUUCAUUAGGCACUUGUGUUUAGUUUUCAUUAUUAGUUUCUGGGCUUAAAAUUCAAUAGAAUUAGUAAUUAAUACUACGUAUAUAAAUUAAUAUAAAUUCAUAAACUGAAAUCACUGAAGUUUAUUGUUACAAGAUCCUUGUUGUCAUGGUGCCACACACGGAGGCCCUCUUGCUGGGCCCUUGAAGAAAGUUCUCAGAAAGUAUCCAAGAAAUUAUAUUUUUAGAUAAACACACAGCUGUGUGAUCCUGCAUCAUACUGUACUGUACCUUCUCCCAUGACUGGUAUGGUUUUAAUAGGCUUUUACAAAGGCUGUAUUUUGAUGAUGCUAUCAGUCCAUCACCUGGACUCAGCCAACACCUGCCUAGACCCAGCCACCAGUCAGUCACUAAAACACUCCAGCAGUGUCCAAGAUGCAGGUGGCAAUGCACUCUUUGCUCUCGCCAUUGUUAGGGUUAUCAAGCAGUAAAUGAUAAAAAAAUGUGUGAGCAGGAUUUCCAUAUGUAUAAGUUGAGGGUGCAGCCCCUCACUCUAAUGAGAGCAUUUGUCUCUGACAUUCUCCUCAGCAUUGUUGAAAAUAUUGAAAUGGCACUUAAUUUUUAAUUUAUUUAAAAUAAAUGUCACCAAAUACAGUCUAAUGUAUAGAAUAAGAAAUUGAUUAUGACAAAACUUGUACAUUAGUAAAGUUUGGUUAGAUGUCACACACUAGUAAUGCUAGUAAAGAAAAGGCUUUGUAUAACUCAGUGCAGUAGAUGAGCCGCAUUGAUGGUUUGAUUGACUGAUUUACUCUUAUUUGAUAAAGUGUAGAUGAUUGGAAUUUACUGAGAAUUACCCAUUUCCAUUUCCAACGUGGUUCUCUCUAUUUUCUCCGUUGGUAUGAAACCAUUCACUAGAGAAAUAAAAAGAAAAAUGUAACUUGCAAUCAUUUGUGACUAAACCAUGAGACAUAGAUGUGAUCUUGUACUGAUACAUAGCACUGAAGGUUCAGGAUGCCAUAUUGUUGCUGUAUGCCAUGUCAAAAUUUUGUGUAGCUUUCAAAAUCCAGAUUCAUUGAGAUUUGUCCCCUACAAAACAAUUUCAUUAGGUAAAGAAUUCACCCCUAAAAACAAGCUUACUAUUAAGGCUUCCUCUAGCUUGCUGGUGUGUGGAGCAUAGCAUGGAGCACACCACUAUGAAUUGUCGGCGAGACACAGUGGAUCCCGUGUGGCGAUGCUUCAGUGAGAUACGUUGAGCCAUGUGUAGAAGGUGCAGCUGUUAGUGGUGCAUGAAAAGCUGAGUAAUUCAGACCUCUAUGUCCCCCCUUUUUUAUAUUAGACAAAGUGCUGCUCACAUCGGUGUCACUGUUGUACAUUCUGCAACAACAUCUUACCCCUUGAGAAAGAGUCCACUAAGAUGGCAGUGAAAGUAACAUUUCAGUAAGUCACUUUUGAUGUAAUGAUAUCUGAGGAAUUGUAAUGAUGUGCAUGAGCCAAACACAUACAGGCCAAGCUCAGGGGUGAAAAGAGUGUUGAGCUGAAUGUAUGCAGCUGUUGUCUCAGGGCCAUGGGCACCUGGUGUGACCGGUCAUUGUCCCCCCACUGUUACCUGAAGUCCCGGGACGCCACACAACACAGGGACCUGGUUUGUUUACAUUUUGGUGCUAAUUGUUGGAUAGUUAGUUCACCGCAGUUUAUUUCCUCCUCAAAAGAUGUGCUUUUUCUAGCUUUGAAGGCACAUACUCAGUACAUGUACAUGUUGCAAGGUUGCAGUUUGAUAAUGGAAGUAAGUUUAUGGUUGACAGUUACAAAAAGUAGUGUGUAAUAUAAUUAUCCACCAUGUACAUGUAUGUAUGUGUGUGUGCAUAUAAUUAUUGUGUCUGCCAUUGGUUUCUUGGGUAACAGAGGUACAAAUGUAUGCGAGGGUUUUGGUGGCAGUCUGGCUCUCAAGACGAGGUACCGACUUUCACCAUCGUUCUGUUAUAAACUCAAUGAAAGAUUUUUCUAUUGCUUUUCUCUAUUUCUAUUAACUGUUGAUUGCUUACUCCUGUCUUGUAUCUUCAUAACAAGAAGCACUACAAACUACAUGACCAGCUGGAAAUAAGUAUUUUUUUAGUUUUCUUGAAGCUGUUGUUAUACUGUAUGUGUUGAGAGGGUUGUGUAAAGACUCUCCUCAGUCGCUCAUAUUGUAAUGCCUGUCAACUCCGAGUAAUAUCCUUCAGUAUACUGCAAGUGUCUGCUGCCAAGGAGUAUGGUUUAUAGUACAUUAUAAGGAAGCCUGUGUGACAGCAACAUCCACUUUGAUUCCCUGUGUAAAGCCUGUAUCUCCUCUCCCUCUUGCCCCUUAACCUGCAUCCUGUAACCUCAAAUUUUAUGUUGAUCAGCAAAAAGUCUGACUCGGUGUUGAAAGCAGACAAGUCAGCUGCACGUGCAGUUUAAUACGAGGCCCGAAGCUGUGAGCACACUGAGCCUCACCUCGCCCCGCUGGCCUGCGCCCUCACCACCUCGACAGCUGGCACUCUCCUCCUCCGAUAUGGCCUAGAAAGAAAUGGAACAAGUGCUUUAGUGGUAGUUGAUUUUACCUGAGAUGUUUAUAUAUUAUUGUAAAAUGAUUAUUCACUAAAGGGUUUUGUGGAACAGAAGCCUUUUCUAGUGUCGAUAGAGCAGUGCUUGUUAGUAGGAUGAACCUAGAGAAAAGUUUGUGUCAGGUAGUACAGUGAGCAGUCUGCCACUUCCAGCUGUUUCUCCACACUCCCUCAAAUUAAAUGGCAUAGAAAUGUAUAUUAGCAGUUAAGCCCAUUGUUAAUAUUGUUGUUGAUAAUCUUUUUAUGUCCUAUUCAAAAGAAAUACAGAAAAUGUGUACACAUUUUAUACAUGACUUUCCGGCACGUGUGACCCUCGAAUGCUUGGGAAUGGAACCGUACGUACGGCAGUGUGGCAUGGGGGUGCAUUGUUCCUUCUGCCUGCCUGGUGGGCCUUCCCUCUCUCAGUCUGUGCAAUGUAUGUCAUGCUGGCCCUGUGAAUGCCAUGAGCUGUGGUCUCGUGUACUUACCGACUGUCCAGGCUGUUGCUCCAUAGGUGACGUGACCCAUUGUGAAUGUGAAGGCGAUGCAUCACCUAACAGUGUUGUUAUUGUUGUUUGGGCCUCUUGAUCAAUGAACAGUGAAGUGAUUCUUGCAGCUCUUAUGAUAGAGUGAGUGAAUUUUUGUCUUAUUUGAUAAUAAUGGUUUCAGGUAAUAUUGACAUACAACAAUAACUUUUAUAACAAUGCUGUCAUUGGUGGAAAAAAUGCCAAACUUAUUAUUCAUACAGAAUGCAAGGUGUCCCCCUUUGUUUCAGAGUGUUGUAACAGCAAAGUUGAAUGUGUUUUAUAGGAUGACUGUGUUUGAGGCACAAUUCCAGAUAAGCAGUUACAGGACCUUUGGAGUGUAGCUCAAUCUGGAAUUGUAUCAUUUUUAGAAGCUGUUACUUUCACCAGCCAACACUUUAUAGAGAAUGCUUUAGAGAACGUUACUAAUCAAUAGCUAUCAUGAUUUUCAAAGCCUGAGUCUUAAUAGUUAUCAGUCAUCAGCCCUGAAGGUCUUCACUGAACUUUCCACUAAGUCCGACAGUCUCUCUAAACCACACAAAGAACUCUGACUCUCAGGUCUUGAAGUUCUCAGGAUUGAUCAUACAGACAGACCUCCCCUUCAUGUUUCUUGCCAAUUAAGUAUGAACAAACCAGAUGGGUACUUAAUCUGUAAGCCUCGAUUUGAUUUUGUAUUUAUAGGGUUAUGGGUUGAAUUGGCCCGUGGAGACCUAGCUACAUAAAGGUGUGCGAGAGGCCGAGAGUCUCACGCCCAGGUCAAGAGGAGCUGGUCCCCUCACUUGGGCGUGGGUCUCCAGGCCUCACAGUUGCUUCAUAUAUCACCUGUACAUACACCUCCACCCACAAGAACAUAUAUUUUAACUGCUAUGAUCACUCCCUUUCAUCCUCAUCACCAUCACCAUCAUCAUCACCCUUCAUCUUCACCGUCCCCUGCCCCUCACCCCCACCCAGCCACUGCAACUGUAACAUAAGUUUGGUACAUAAUAGAUGGUCAUUCUCAGGAGGACUUCCAAGAUCUGUUAACUCAGGUUCCAUGCCGGCACCUAGGGAUGUUAUAGCUUAAAGUGGGACAUGUUUUGGAUUUAGAAACUCGAGUCUGUUAUUGAGAAGAGGUAGAGACUUCAGCCCUCAAUGGUCGAAGAUGUAUUUUUGCAGGUGACUUUUGUAAGUACUCCACAUGAUAUCCUUCUUCCAGUUAUGAGUCAAUGCUAAAGGGAGGGCUUAAGAGUCAGUGUUAAAGAGAUGAGAUAGAUUUCGGCCUGCACCGUGGAAGAUGUAUUUUUGCAACUGACAGGUGGCUUUUGUAAGUACUCCACAUGAUGUUAUUCUUCCAGUCAUGAGUCAGUGCAAGGGAAAGGAAAGAUCAGGGAAGGCAAGCAUUGGGGAUGUCGGUUCAGGAUAUGCGAGGUUGUUUGAUUUGACGUGAUUUUCCAUAGAGGACCUUCUUGACAAGUUUUGUUUCCCUGUACUUCAAUGUCUGCCCAGUCUUACCGUUCAACCACAAAGCUACCCACCUAAAGUUUUCAGACCUGCACCUUCCAAUGUCUGUCUAAUUUCAGAAACAAAUGAGGUCAUGUGAAGUAUGGAAGACAUUUUGAUACCGUAGACAAAUAAGAUUGUAACCGUCUUCAUCCUGUUACACCUUGAGGCUGGACCGUCAAAUCCAGACAGUAGGUACCUGAUUGUCAUGUAGUGUCAUCAUCACGCCCUCUCCCCCGCCCACCACAACCCAGCAGAGCACAUGACGAUGCAAUAUGAUAAACCCAUUUGCAACCACAUUGAUCAACCUUGUGCUUUAAAUUACCCAGCAUUUGUCAUCAGUAGUGCAUCGCAAGAGAGUUUAUGAAGAGAAUUUUAACCUUGGUGUCCUAAUCAAUGAAGAGGUUCUCGUGACAGUGUUGAUUUUGGUAUGGCUGUGUUGAGAGAAACCACUGUUUUGUAAUGAUGUGUGUGUGUGUGUGUGUGUGUGUGUGUGUGUGUGUGUGUUGCUUCCCAAGUCCAUCCAUUGUCCUGUACCUUCCCCGUGGUCUGGGAGCAGCCCAGCAUAAUAAUACUAUUAGUGUAGCAACCUGUUGGGGAUCACCGGCACAACUGGCCCGCCAUUGGAAGGCUCUCGCCCGUUUCCACAUGUGGUUUUAUGAUUCAUAAAAGACAUUCAUUUUAAAUAAGAUGUAUGAUAUUUAUAUAUGUAUUUAUUUCUCUGUAGGGUACAUACACAUGAUGCUGCUGCUGCUGCUAUAUUUUCAUUAGAAGCUAUUUAUUGUUGUAUAUUGUAAGGGGAGGGGACUUGUAAUAGCCCAGAAUAUUAGCAAAGGUGCAGUUAUAUAUAUUGUACAUUAAGCACUACAGUACUGUAAGCGACGAUGUCGUGGUGUAGGAGACCACACCGUUGUGCUCUGAAAUGCCAUACAAAAAACGUUAUUGUAAAGAGCCAGUUCAGAGGAGGGGGAGGCGGCGGCGGUGGUGGUGGUGGUGCAGGACGGUGUCGGGGCGUGUGUGGGCGUCGUAACCCCGGCAGUGCACGGCUAUAGGCUCGUGUGUCCCCCGAGACUAUGUUGGGAGGACACAAAGCGUCUCUCUACCGGUUAUAGGAGAGGGGGAGGCGUCCUGCGGGUCACUGGAGGAGUGGAUGGAAGGAGGGAGUCCGUGAACCAUCCUGCUGAACAAUAAACUGCCCACGUUAA